GGCUAAAUCCAAAAUAAUAUAAUAAAUCUAUUUGAUAUAAGUUUUUAGGGUUCCGUACUGUCACCAGUCCACGGUUUAAGAUAGAUUCUAUCUUAAACCGUGCACCAGUCCCUAGGACAAUACUACCAGGCUGUAUCCCAUUAACCGUGAAAAUUAGAUAGUUGAAAUUUUCACAGAUACUGUAGGUAUUUCUGUUGCCGCUUUAACAACAAAUACUUUAAAAUUUUGUGUUCGAUUUCCAAUGUAUUAAUUACACUCAUGUUUUUUGACUCUAUCUCCAAUUCAUGAUAUGAUAAUGCCAUAUUUGGCAAUGACUUAGUUAUUUUAACUGAGUUCAUUUUUAUAAUUGUCCAUUCGUGUUUCAGUGUCAAAUUUGGACAAGAAGCGCUAAAUUUUUCGAUGUGGUCGAUUUCAAAUGUAUUAUUUACCCUCAUGUUUUUUGUCUGUAUCUCCAAUUCAUGGUAUAACAAUUAUAAAAAUGAACUCAGUUAAAAUAACUAAGUCAUUGCCAAAUAUGACAUUUUCAUACCAUGAAUUUGAGAUAGAGACAAAAAACAUGAGUGCAAGUUACACAUUUGAAAUCGAACACAUCGAAAAAUUUAGUGCGUCUUGUCCAAAUUUGACGCUGAAACACGAAUGGACAAAUCAAAAUUUGAACUCAGUUAAAAAGACUAAUUCAUUGCCAAAUAUGGCAUUGUCAAAUCAUGAACUGGAAGUAGAGACAAAUAACAUGAGUGAAAUAGAAACAUCGCAGAUUUCGGAAAUAAUAGCCGAAAAAGAAUGUGCAAAUGAAGAUUUGGGAGUUACAAAAAAGAAACGGAAUACACCAUACAAGCGAUUUAAACCGUUUUUUAAGCGCAUGAUGUGUUGUUGCCAUGUGGAAAAUUAAAACUAUUUGUGUUAUUAUUUUUUUUUAAUUUAUAUUUUAUAAAAUACUUUAGUGACUAUACUUAAAUUAAUACAGCAUUUUAAUAAUAAUCAGUUAGUAUAGGUAAUUAUUGAACUUUGUUUUGUGCACCAGAGGUAUAAAGUUUAUUAUAAUAUAACAGGCAUACCAUGAAAAAAAAAAAUUGCCUGUUCUAUUACAAUAAACCCUCUGAUACAUAAAACAAAACACAAUAAUUAUACUUGCUAUUAUUUUUAUUAAUUUAUGCAUAGCUGCUAGAGUAUUCCAUAUUGGAUCAUAUUUUAUUAAUGUUUAAUGACGUAUAGUUAUAAUAAAUUUAUGUUUUUGUUGAGUAAUUUAAUUGGUUUUUAUUUGAUACAGGUAUAAUAAUAUAAAAUUCCAAAACGCUUUGCCGCUUUGGUAAAAUUAAUUUAAGGCGUGUGAAAAUCGUGACUAUGUUAGUCAUAUUUUUUUAUAAUUAUAGUUCAAAUUUUUAUGAUGAAUGUCUAAAUCUCGAAAAUGGUCCAAGCUUGAUAAAUAAAUAUGUUUUUAAUUUUUCCUUUUUUUUUUUUAGAUUUAACAAUUUUAAUUUUAUAUUCUAAUUAAUGUUUUUAAGACUUGUUUUAUAUACCUAUUUAUUUAAAUAAUUGACAUUUAAAAUUUUCAUUCAUAAAGUAUUUUAAUUUUUUUUUUUUUUA